AUGGCAUUCAAGGCCCAAGGAUCCUCCUCUGUGAAGGCGCUAGUUGUUGAGGAUGACACCGUUCAAAGGAUGGUCCUCUCGACAAUGUUACUCCAAUUUGAAUGUGAGAUUACUCUCGCCAAGAAUGGAAAAGAAGCAUUUGACCUAUUCCUUGAGGGGAAGAAGUUUGACAUUAUUUUGUGCGAUAAGGACAUGCCCAUCAUGACUGGUCCUGAGGCAAUUGUAAAGAUUCGUGCUAUGGGUGAAAGUGAUGUGAAGAUUCUUGGGAUGUCGGCUGAUGACGAUGCCAUGGAGGUGUUCAUAAGUGCUGGUGCUGAUGUUUUUGUGCCCAAACCAAUGAAGGUUGAGUAUCUCGGGUCUAUAAUUAAGGAAAUAAUCAACAACAAGAAGAACACCAUGGACUAG